UGGAGCUCGGUGUGUAUUUGGUAUUUGUCCACCGCGGCCUCCCCCUGCUCGGCCCUGGCUGGGAGGUAUCCAGGCGUGGAGGGAAUGGUGUAGCAGGCAAGAAACAGUGAAACAACCCCACGGGAAUGUAAAACUUUAAGACUGAAAUAACCCACAAGACGCCGUGUCUGCGUGCCUAAAGACUCAGCACACAACCUGGUUUCUCAUGGAAGCAGAUGGAUUUGUGAGGAGGCGUCGGAUGACAGCGGAGACCACAGGCAAUGAUCCCGGGGUUGCUGGUGCCUCUGCCGGGGCAGAAGUUCGAUGGCUCGGGGGACGAUUCUGGGGAGUCUCGGAAAGUAUCGUGGGGAGCCUGACACCCCGGAUCGGAGGGGAGACGGAGCUACAGACUGUUGAUUUUAUCCGUUGCGCACAAGAUGCACAAACAGAGGACUCUGAACCAGACUAUGAGGGUUUGCCACAGGGAGCCUCCACUAGCACCCACAUGUUGGCUGGAGCCGUGGCCGGGAUCAUGGAGCACUGCCUCAUGUUCCCCAUCGACUGUGUCAAGACACGCAUGCAGAGCCUCCAGCCCGACCCCGCAGCCCGCUACAGAAACGUGAUGGAUGCUCUUCGCCGAAUUGUAGCCACAGAGGGAGUCUGGCGGCCAAUGAGAGGGCUGAAUGCGACAGCAGUUGGGGCGGGACCUGCUCAUGCCCUCUAUUUUGCCAGCUAUGAGAAACUCAAAAAGACUCUAAGUGAUGUCAUUCACCCAGGGGCUAACAGCCAUUUGGCUAAUGGAACAGCUGGGUGUGUGGCCACAUUGCUUCACGAUGCAAUCAUGAAUCCAGCUGAAGUUGUGAAGCAGCGCAUGCAGAUGUAUAAUUCGCCCUACCGCGGUGUGAUGGACUGUGUACGUGCCGUCUGGCAGAAAGAGGGGCCCGCUGCAUUUUACCGCAGCUACACCACCCAGCUCACCAUGAAUGUGCCCUUCCAGGCGCUCCACUUCAUGACCUAUGAGUACCUUCAAGAGCUGCUCAACCCCCACAGACAGUACAACCCCUCAUCUCACAUGUUGUCCGGAGCUUUGGCUGGAGCCAUCGCGGCUGCGGCCACCACCCCUCUGGACGUCUGCAAGACCCUGCUCAACACCCAGGAGUCUCUAGCUCUCAGCUCCCUGUCGUCCGGCCAAGGCCCCAGCCAGGGCCAAGGCCAAGGAGCCCACAGACACAUCUCAGGCCUGGCCCACGCCUUCCGGACGGUUUACAGGCUGGGCGGCCUGCAGGGCUUCUUUAAGGGAGUCCAGGCAAGGGUCAUCUACCAGAUGCCCUCCACAGCCAUCAGCUGGUCGGUCUAUGAGUUCUUCAAGUAUGGACUCACUAAGCACCAGCACGACAAGAGGAGAACGCAGCACAUGGAGGCUGAAAUCUAGAUAUUUCCUCUAAUAUUGCUCUGCUCUCCCUGUGAGGAGAAGAUGAAGUCGAAUACGCACAUAGAAUCUGACUAAAAGCCACCUCAGUUGUCCAGUCCCUUUCAGACAUAGCAGAUAAGAAAGACCUCUUCAUAGUUUUAUUUCAGCUACACUAUUUCAACACUAGCUUCGGUCUGAGUUAUGUUUUGUCUCUCUUUUAGAAGAAAACAUUUACACAGUAUUAUAGAGAUAAUUCAUCUUCUGUUUUUUUUCUUUCAAGCCAUUAUAGUGACCACUGCAUCUGUCCAAGCUGAGGAUAAUUGUCAUGAACGCACACGUUUUUUAGUUGGAGAAGUAGUCAGCAGAGGGCGGUAGUGUUUCUUUGCUAACUCUUGUAGUUUCAUAAGUUUUGCUGUUGUAGAACCAGGUUUAUAUCUCACCCAUGGGAAUAAUUACUAACUCCUGAUCCAGAGCCAUUUCAGGAUUUAUGAAUAAACCUUUUUUUAAAUUAAAUAGAUAUCUCAUAACAGAUUAUUCUCACAGUAACCCCAGACAAGAGAAGCUCACUGUCAAGUUUUAGCUACACAGGCAUUCAGUUCUUUAUCAAAAUAUCUUACUGAUUUGGACCAAAAGUUUGUCAGCUGUUCAAAAUCAUAAGCAAACUGACCCUAGUUGACAACAUUUUGUUGUUUCACACGUUCAUUUUCUGUGUGAAUCUGUUCCCAGAUACCUUUUUGUCAAAAUGUAAAGGCACCCCGCCAACAUGGCAACUAGAAAUAAGGAGCAAAAGUGAAAUCCAUCUUAAUUUGAUCUUGAUUAAUCAAGCUUUGUGAUUUGAAAUGUGGUCCUAUAGUAUUUGAUGGUUUCACAGCUCAACAAAAAGGUUAAUAGACCAGAUAUAGGUUUAGGUCCAAUUUGCUAUUGCCAAUUAAAGGAAUAAUAACUUAUAUAUCCUUUUUCAAAUGUUAAAGUCCAAGAUUGUUCCCUAUGAUGUAAUUGGACAGAAAAUACAAAGAUCCAAUAGCGCCGGGGUAUCUGAAGAGUGUGUUUAAUUUAUUUUUUUUUAUCAUUUUGAUUUGUUAAAUGGUAUUUUAUUUCCAGCAAACAUAUUAGUUUGAACUUCCUCUUUGCUCUUUCCAUCUAUAUGUUUUAUCAACCCUCGGUUCAUCCAAACACUCACCAUCAAUGCCUUGUGUAGGUGUUUGGCAGAGCAGACCAGGGCAGCAUUAAGACAGCCAUUUCUGUGCAUUAACUAUAGCUAUGAGCCUGUCUUCAGCUUGUGAACUACUGAGUUUCAAUAUCUGUGCUUGACAGCAAAGGUUGUGUACAUUGUACUUUGCCCAAAAGGAGUUCAGUAUCCCGCAAGAUAUGUGUCUGUACCCCCAUUGAGUACACAUAAAUGCAAGCUGUCAUUCUUAUUAAUUAAUGUCUGAUUGUUUCCGACACUGAAUUGCACUCAAAUAAACAGUGAGCAGUGGGGCGCUGCUCGUAAAUGA